UGUCAUACACGUUUUUCAAUAUUUUAAAUGUUAUUCGUUGAAUAAACUGGAUAAACAAAAUUUUGGAUCGGAUAAAAUGUGCUAUCCUGUAAAAUGGUUUUUGAUUUAAACACCACCAAUAACCUUCCUCAAUCCAGCACAAGCAGUUGCACGGAUUACUUUUAUGAUGGAUGUUAUAGUAAAAGUCAAAAUAAUUGCCACAUUCAAUACCAAAAUUGUCAAUGUCGUCCCUGUUGUAUAAAUUCUGUAUUAAAUGAUCACACUUAUUCUCUGUUGAAAAAAAUUUGCCGAAAAGUGUUUAGAGAUUACCAUCGACAAAAGAACCGAGAGAAGUAUACAAUUUUCGAUGGCGGAAAUAGCGUUAAUGUCAGAAUACAUCGCUCCUCCUUUGUACCAGGCCAAAAUGGAAAAUGUAAGUCUCUACACGCUGACUCAAGUUUAUCAACCUUAGGUGGAAGUAGACGGAAGUAUGGUAAAGAAAGAGAAAGAAAUAAUGAUAUCAUCUCAGAAAAAAGUGAAAGGGGUACUGUAAUAAGAAAAAAUGUGGAAAAAGGUAAACCUCGAAAAAGUGUUGAAACUUUUGAUACAAAACACGAUAGACAAAAAAAAGGCCAAGAUAAAGAAGAUGAAAAACAUGAAAUAGAGCGAAAAGGAAAGGGAGAGUAUGAUGAUGAUAGUGAUAUUAUUAGAAAGCGUGAAAAGAAGAGAGGAAAGGAAGAAGAUUACAAUACUAAAGGGAAAAAAGGUAAAAAAAUUGAGGAUGGAGAUAAACGAAAUUCUGAUAAAAGCGGAAAAAAUGUAUCUGAAAGAAAAAAGCCUGGUGCUAAUGGUGAUGGUGAUAGAAAUGACGAUAAAUCAAUAGAUGAUAAAAUAAGCGAGAAAAAAUCAGAAAAAAAUAAAAAAAAGAAAAGAGACGAAGAUAAUGAUAAUUCUUUUGGUUCUCGAAAUAUAGAAAAAUUAGACAAAAGCAAGAGACCAAAACACGAAGGCGAUGAAGUAAGUAGACCUGGGACUAAAGAAAGGAAGAAUAAGCAAAGAGACAGUAAUGAAGAUAGAACAAGUAUCAGGGACCGGGAUGGGGGCAAAAUGCGAGAGGGCGUUUCUAAAGAUGAAGGUAAAGGGAGCAGAAGUCGUCAAGGCAAUGAUAGCAAAGAUGACCACCAAAAGGGUGAUAGGCUCGACGGUGUAAAGGACAUUCAAAAAGCAACAAAGAAUAGUCGGGAUCACGACCAAAAUAAACAUGUAAAAAAAAAUGGUAAUGAAAGUGAUUGGUUUAACAGCUCAAAAGACGAUCAGUCUGGUUACAAGGGACAUACAGAAAGUGAUCGUCAAGACCAAGGUAGAAAGGAUAUGAGAUCACAGGUCAGGGAUCCUGACAAUACCGAAAAGAAAGGGAGCAGAUAUCGCGAUAAUCAAAUGAAAGGUAGUAAGAAUGGCGGGCAUAGAGGCGAACAGUAUUCGAGUGCUAGAAAUAGUUAUCAUACCGAUCAUAAAGGCAUUACUCGUAAAAGAAAAGACGUUAGGGAUCUACCCGUUAUAUCGGAUUUACGUACAAAAGUUCGUAAAGGUCAUGAUGUAAUGCCUGUCCGUAAGCAACAAAUAGGAAAACAUGGGUAUCGUUCAAUUACAUUUCUGGAAGGAGGGAACCGAAAGAAAAUAGUCAAGCCCGAGCUUAAACGACUCAUCAAAGAAAGCAGAGAUCGCAUUAAUGAACGACAUGAAAAUAGAAUAAAAAGGAAAUCUUCAGGCAGAGGGCGUAGAACUCGGUUUGGUGUCAGAUAUGGAAAUGCAUUCUCAAGCCGUUGCGAUGAAAUCAGGCCGUGCGAUAUACUUCGUGCUCAUAUGGAACAACGUGAACUUUGUGAAAAGCAAAAGACUUGCUGCCUUCAAUGUUCAUGUGACUGCAGUGCAGUUUACUGCCCCGCUCCGACUACUAUUUGUUCCCGUAUAUGUUAGAGUAUCUCUUUGAACUAUAUAUUAUUAUAAAUUAGUAGUGACACAGGUUAUAAUAUAAAUGUUUGAAUAUUAUUAGAAUUUGAUUUAUAAUUAUUACAUUAAUAUUCAAGUUUUUA